GUUCUCCGCUUUCAUAUGGUUUUCAUGAAAAUGGGUGUUCUUAGUUUCUCUCUGUUCUCUGAUUAAGGGCUAUCAUUUAUCUUUUUCACUGAGUUUGUUCUGAAUAUAUGUUUACAGAAAAAAUCACUGCUCAUUCUUGUCUGAUGGGAGUUGCUGUUUCUUCCCCACUUGCUAAACGCAGUGACGUGAAAAAUGGCAUACAAUCUGUCACUGUGAAAUCCAUUCAUUUUGAUGAAGAUGAAGCGAAAACACUUGUUAGAUCCAUCAGUUACAAUAGUUUAGACCCAGAGCCAUUGAUAUUAAUAUCAGUUGGUUCUAAAAAUAUGGUAUCAGAGGGAUCGGUUAGCUUCAAAGGGCUCGAUUUGGAGCAAUCGGUUUCGGCUAAGUCACCUCCAUUGGAUAAACCAGAGAAUGUACCCAUUAAAGCUGUCAUAGAGACCCCAAAGCAAUCACCAGUUUUUGAUCCAAGUAAUCCACAACAUGAGGCUGCAAUAAGGUUACAAAAAGUAUACAAGAGUUUUAGGACAAGGCGAAAGCUAGCGGAUUGCGCGGUUCUUGUCGAGCAAACAUGGUGGAAGCUUUUAGAUUUUGCAGAACUGAAGAGGAGUUCUAUAUCGUUCUUCGACAUAGGAAAACACGAAACGGCGAUUUCGCGUUGGUCACGAGCAAGAACCAGAGCUGCUAAAGUUGGUAAAGGUUUAUCGAAGAACGAAAAGGCUCAAAAGCUUGCAUUGCAACAUUGGCUUGAAGCAAUCGAUCCGAGGCAUCGAUAUGGACAUAAUUUACACUCUUAUUACAAUCAAUGGCUCCACUCUCAGAGUAAAGAACCCUUUUUUUACUGGCUGGAUAUUGGAGAAGGGAAAGAAGUAAAUAUCGAAAAAUGUCCGAGAUCAAAGCUUCAACUGCAAUGCAUCAAAUAUCUCAGUCCGAUAGAACGGAAGCCUUAUGAAGUUAUGGUGGUAAACGGGAAGUUCGUAUACAAGCAAACAGGGAAGCCUGUCCAUACUAACGAAGAAACCGGCGAUGCUAAGUGGAUUUUUGUCCUCAGUACCUCGAAGAUCUUGUAUGUUGGUGUGAAGAAAAAGGGUACAUUUCAACAUUCGAGUUUCUUGGCAGGUGGUGCCACUAUUGCGGCCGGAAGAUUAGUUGUUGACAAUGGCAUCCUUAAGGCAGUUUGGCCACACAGUGGACAUUACCGUCCAUUAGAAGAAAACUUUAACGACUUCAUUUCAUUUCUAAGGGAGAACAACGUAGAUCUUAACAAUGUCAAGAUGACUCCGGUGGAUGAGGAAGGAAACUUGGCUAACAAGCAAAGAAACAGUAACCAUUUUAGAUGUAACUCGUCUGAAGAUGACUUUAACUUCGAGGCUAACGAGAUCAAUGCCAAAGACUCGAUCGAUCAAAUACGGUAG